AUGAGGAGGCAAGUUUUUCUCCGCCAGGCGAUGCCAUCUGUGGAUCGCCGGCAGCUGCUUCAAGAAAGUCAAGAUUACUCCUCCAGAGGUGGGCGCCGGAGAGUCAGGUUGGCGGAGGUUGCAGGAGGGACGGUGGCGGAAUGUGCAGCCGUAUGCUGUUGCUGUCCAUGUGGGCUGGCGAAUCUCCUGGUGCUUGCCGUGUACAAAAUUCCAGCAGGUCUAUGCCGCAAGGCUUUUCGGCGGAAGCACCGCCGUAGGAUGAUCGAGAAUGGACUGUUACCGCCGCGAAAGCGUGGUUGCGAUGAUAAGGAGCUCCAAAUUCUCACCAUGUCGGGCCCGAUGGCGACGGUGAAUUCACUGGAAUCGGACAAUGAUGUUGCUGAAUUAGAGAAGGAAAUGUGGGAAAAAUUUUAUGGUGCUGGUUUUUGGAGAAGUCCAUCUCAUAGAAGUGAAACGUAA